AAAUGCCAUGUUCUCCUGUGUCUUUUUUCAGGCCCAGAGCGCCAUGACAGCCCAGGUAUGCAUCUGCAUCUGGUUGGUCUGGGCGUCAGUCUUGGACUACAUUCAUGGCCAAGGGACCAGCCGAUUGAGGCUGACUGUGCUGUCUGAAGAUCGGCUCCAGAUGAAGUGGAAGGAAUCAGAAGGAAAUACCAAUGGCUACAAAGUUCAAGUAAAACCCAUGGCAGGGGACUCAGAACAGGAAGUAAUGCUGACUACCAAGACACCUAAAGUCACUGUGGUUGGACUGAGCCCCACCAAGGAAUACACACUCCAAAUAUUUGCACUCAGUGGCUCCCGUGAUACUCUGCUGGCCAGGCGGAGGUUUGUGAUUGAGGAUUUGAAGAGCAUCUCCUUGGGCAGGAACAGCCGGAAACAAUCAGGGGAAACCCUGGAGUCCAUUUCCUCUUCAGUGGGAAAUCAUGAAUUCGAGCAAGUUCCUGAGCUUGAAGCAACUUCACCAACUUGGAGUGAAGUCUCUCCUACUUUAGGUCCCCAGUUCCAUUGUGACACUUCCAUUCCUGUGGAUAUAGUAUUCCUGGUGGAUGGGUCCUGGAGUAUUGGCCGAAGUAACUUCAGACUCAUCAGAGAAUUCCUGGCCAAUAUCAUCUCUCCUUUUCACAUUGCCCAAGAUAAAGUCCGAAUUGGUUUAUCCCAAUAUAGUGGAGAUCCCCGGACUGAAUGGGACCUUAAUUCAUUCAAUACCAAGGAUGAAGUUCUAGAAGCUGUGAGAAAUCUCCGUUACAAGGGUGGUAACACUUUCACAGGUCUUGCACUGACUCAUGUACUAGAGCAGAAUCUGAAGCUGGAAGCUGGGUCUCGCUCGGAGGCAGUUAAAGUGGUGAUUCUUCUUACUGAUGGCAAGUCCCAGGAUGAUGCCCGACUUGCUGCUCAAGUUCUGAAAGAUCUAGGCAUGGAUAUCUUUGCUAUUGGAGUGAAAAAUGCUGAUGAGUCUGAGCUGAUGCACCUGGCCUCCCUACCCCUGGAUGUCACAGUUCACAAUGUACAGGAUUUUCCUCUCCUUGGCAACCUGACCAACAGGCUCAUCCGACUCCUUUGCUGGAAGAUCCAAGAGAGAAGUCGGAGCAGGGACGUAGGUGUGCAGGCUAAUAGAUGGCCCCACUCAAGCCCCACAAAUUUGAUUGCCUCGGAGGUGACAGCCACGGGACUCCGCCUGGCCUGGACCCCUCCUCUGGAGCCUGCCAGGAAGUUCAGGAUUGUGUAUCAUCCCUCCAGAGGUGGCACACCAAGGGAGGUCACAGUGGAGGGGGCUACUUCAUCUGCCCAGCUGCUGAAUUUAACCUCCAAUACUGAGUAUUUGGUUACAGUGUUUCCUAUCUAUAAGGAUGGUGUUGGAGAGGGACUUCAGGACAUUGUGACUACAUUACCACUAUCUCCACCAAGUUCACUGACCAUCUUCAGUGUGACUCCCGGUAGUAUCCACUUGACCUGGAAGCCCACAAAUAAAGCUACCCAGUACUUGGUUCACUGCAUUUCAUCAGCUUCCUCUAGAGAACAGGAGAUAGAGGAGGAAGAGGAAGGUGGGAAAGAGGUGAGAGUCCGGGAUCCUGAGGUUCUGCUGGAAGGUCUGGCUCCUGGCACAGAAUAUAUCAUUGCUGUGUAUGCUCUCUUUGGGGAGGAAGUCAGUGAACCCCAGAGCAUCCGAGUCAAGACCUUGUCUUUGGAUCUCCCCAAACGUCUGAGCUUCUCUGACGUCAGCCACAGCUCUGUUCGAGUUCAUUGGGAGGCAUCAUCACGGGGGAUACGCCUGUACCAUGUAUCCUAUGUCUCCCUGGAAGGGAACCAAGCUGGGGAGAUAGAUGUCUCCAGGAAUGCCUCUUCUGUCAAGCUGGCCCCAUUAUCCUCCUCCACCUCAUAUAUUGUCAGUGUUACAACAAUCUACAGAGAGGGUGAUUCCUCCACGCUCACUGGACGAGUGACCACACGAAAAGUCCCAGCCCCAAGUCACUUAAAAGUAACUGAACUGCCAGGGGAUGAUGUCCGGCUGGAGUGGGCUGCUGCGGCAGCUGUUGGCGUAGUGGUCUAUCAGAUCAAGUGGAUGCCCUUGGGUGAAGGAAAAGCUUAUGAGAUUUCAGUCCCGGGGAACCUAGGAACUGCCACUUUGCCUGGUCUAGGGAAGCACGCAGAAUAUGAGAUCUCCAUCUUAGCCUAUUACAGAGAUGGGGCCCGCAGUGACACAGUAUCCCUCCGAUAUACUCCAAUGAGCAGGAAUCCGCCCUUGAACCUUGUGCUAGCCUCAGAGACCCCCAGCAGCCUUCGGAUCCUCUGGACACCCCCUAAUGACAACGUUCUGCACUACAGACUCACCUAUGCCCUGGCUUCUGGCUCUGGCCCUGAGAAAACCAUAAUCAUUCCUGGCCUCGAGAACCAUGUGACACUUCCUCUCCUGCUUCCUGGCACCAAGUACAAGGUUAUGGUUUCAGCUGUCUAUAGUCUGGGCGAGAGCAACGUCGUCUCUGCCAUAGGAAGGACCGCGGCUUGCCCGGGUCUUCAUGCCAACAGCUCUUUACCAGGCUUUGACAUGAUGGAGGCUUUUGGCCUAGUGGAAAAGGAGUAUGCAUCCAUCAAAGGGGUCUCCAUGGAGCCCUCUAUCUUCAGUGGCAUUCGCACAUAUACGCUAUUCAGGGAUGUUCAGCUGAUGCGGCGAGCCAGUGAAAUCCAUCCGGCUGCCCUCCCCCCUGAGCACACCAUCAGCUUUCUCCUCCGUGUUCUCCCAGAGACACCUAGGGAGCCUUUUGCACUGUGGCAGAUCACUGAUGAGACCUUCGAACCCCUUCUUGGAGUCACCCUUGAUGCUGGCAGAAAGUCUUUGACCUAUUUCAAUCGUGACCACAAGGCUGAGUUGCAAGAAGUCACAUUUGAUUUACAAGAAGUGAAGAAGAUAUUUUAUGGGAGUUUCCACAAGGUGCAUGUGGCAGUCAGUCGCACCAAGGUCAAGCUCUAUGUUGAUUGUCGGAAGAUCACAGAGAGACUGAUCAAUGAGGCGGGGAGCCCAUCCACUGCAGGAUUUGUCAUCCUGGGGAAACUAACCAAAACCAGAGGACCCCGGAGUGGCUCAGCCACCUUUCAGCUCCAGGCCCUGCAGAUUGUUUGCAGUGAUACCUGGGCGGAGGAGGACAGAUGCUGUGAGGUCCCUGCGCUGAGAGAUGCAGAAACCUGCCCUGCCCUGCCUUCUGCCUGUACUUGCUCUUUAGAUCAGCCUGGCCCUCCAGGGCCUCCAGGGCCCCCUGGCACCCCAGGGAGAAGAGGCAUCCAGGGGGAGCAAGGAACUCCAGGACCUAGAGGAGAACCAGGUCCACCUGGACAGACAGGACCAGAGGGCCCUGGAGGCCAGCAGGGGUCACCAGGGACUCAGGGUCUCACCAUUCAGGGACCAGUGGGUCCACCAGGGGUCAAAGGUGAGAAGGGGGACAUUGGACAUCCAGGCUUACAGGGCCACCCUGGCCACCAAGGACCACCUGGGAGACACGGCCUCCAAGGUCCAAAGGGGAUGAGGGGAUUUGAAGGUACAGCUGGUUUUCCAGGACCUCCUGGUCCAAGGGGCUUUCAGGGAAUAGCUGGCGCCAGAGGCAUCAAUGGGGAGAAGGGCCCCCCUGGAGACGUGGGACCCACGGGACUUCCUGGACCCAAAGGAGAGCGAGGAGAGAAAGGAGAACCUCAGUCCCUUGCCACCAUUUACCAGCUGGCCAGCCAGGCCUGUGAGGAAUUGAUUCAGACUCAUGUGUUGAAAUUUGAUCCAUUUCUUCAUGAGAACACCAGGCCCCCGGUGCCUGUCUGGGAGGAGGCAGGAGAGCCAGGCUUACCUGGUCUUUCUAGUCUUCCUGGCCAGAAAGGAGACAGAGGACAGGAUGGAUUCCCUGGAGAGCCUGGGAGAGAGGGAUAUCCAGGUGGACUAGGAGCCAAAGAGCAGAACAGUCCCGAUUUAUCAGUACAAGGACCUCCUGGACUCCAUGGAAGGACAGGUCAAUCAGGGGAAGAUCUGCUAUUGGGAUCUCAGGAUUCUACAGGAUCUUCAAGAUUUUCAGGGGCUGCAGGCCAAGCUGGAAAACCUGUUUCCUCAGGGGACUGUGAACCCUCGGGAUGUCUCCUAGAGAGACCAAGAGAUAUGGACUUGAUUCCCUGAUCCUGGCUGAAGGCUGGACCCUGAGCAGGUUCUCAGUGACCCAUAGUGAUUUGGUUCCUGCUUGGCCUCUUGGUUUCAUCCACCUUUGUCCAUUCUUAGUUAUAUAGGCUAUUUUACACUAUAUAUUUUUCUUCACAGCUAUUUGAGCAUUUAGAUUAAUAGGGUAUUUGAUGGUUUAAUGACAACAGUUGUAGGAGAAUCUGGAGAGAUUGGGAAAAUGUCAUGAGGAGCCUGUAGAUGGAAUGAGGGGAAAGGUACACGGUCAACAAGAAAUUUUCCCCUCUCCUUAGCCCUAAAGUUUUAAGUAGGGUUACUUGUGCUAUUUAUGGGAAAAGGAAAGGGAUGUGAGUGGAGAGAGUCCUGCUCCAGGUUUGCCUUCUAUGAGAGCCUUAGAACGUUCCUGCAAUUGUAUUCUGCUUCUAUCUAGCUUGGAAUUAGCAUAUCUUGUUCUCAGAAAUUUUCUUCAGAAAUCUGUUUUUAGCUUCUGUUGGCUCUGGGGCUGGACAAAAACCUAAUCGUUGUUACUCAAUUGAAUUUAUUUUCAGUUAUUUUCUUUGAAAGACCUUAUUGCUUUGUGCUACACAUUUAAUGGCUAAUAACAUUACUGGGAGCCUGAUGAAAUGACUAAAUGGCCAGAGGGAAAAGGAUGUAAUCAGGAUACUUAGGUGAUGGGAGUAUGGGAAACUUUCAUGGGAUGUUUGCGUAAGACUAGAAGAUUAAGCAUCUUGACACUUAUAAUGGGUUUAUUUGGAUUCAGUGUAAUGUAGGAACUUAAGAAACAUUCUAUGUGUAAAG